GCCCCCGGUGGUCAGCCGCUCGCCCCAGGGUGCUGAGGCUGGGAGACACGCCCUUCGGCACCUGCGGCGCAGCUGGUCAGUGUGCCGCGGCCGCGUCCUCGAUACAGUGCUGGGUCUGAGAACCAGCCAUGACUGCCAAAGAUUAUCCAUCAUUGUGGGGCUUUGGAAAAACAAAAACAUUCAAAAUUCCUGUUGAGCACUUGGAUUUCAAGUAUAUUGAAAAAUGUUCAGAUAUUAAGCACUUGGAAAAAAUUCUUUGUGUGCUCAGGUCUGGUGAGGAAGGAUAUUAUCCUGAACUUACAGAAUUUUGUGAAAAGCGCCUUAAAGGAUUGGCUCCUGAAAGUAGAGCUUUGAGGAAAGAUAAACCUGCAGCUACAGCAUCCAGUUUUACAGCAGAAGAAUGGGAAACAAUUGAUGGUGAUAUAAAGAGUUGGGUAUCAGAAAUUAAAAAAGAAGAAAAUAAAAUACACUUUCAUGAAACUGAAACAUUUCCAGCAAUGAAAGAAAAUUUGCCUCCAGUUCGUGGCUCAGACAGCUGUCUUCAUGUUGCCAAAGAAAAAUGUUCUAAAAGUAGACCAGCUAAAAAGAAAAUUCCAAGGGAUUAUGCAGAGUGGGAUAAAUUUGACGUGGAAAAGGAAUGUUCAAAAAUUGAUGAAGAUUACAAAGAAAAAACUGUAGUAAACAACAAGUCACAUUUGUCUAAAAUUGAAACUAGACUAGACACAACAGGUCUAACUGAGAAGGAAAAGGAUUUUCUUGCUACUCAUGAAAAGGAAAAAGGAAAUGAGGCUUUCAACUCAGGAGAUUAUGAAGAGGCUGUGAAGUAUUAUACAAGAAGCCUAUCAGUGCUUCCCACCGUAGCGGCCUAUAACAACCGAGCUCAAGCAGAACUCAAACUACAGAACUGGAACAGUGCUUUUCAGGAUUGUGAAAAGGUCUUGGAGUUAGAACCUGGAAACUUAAAGGCUCUUCUACGCCGUGCUACUACAUAUAAACAUCAAAACAAGCUCCAGGAAGCUAUCGAAGAUUUGCGUAAAGUACUGGAUGUUGAACCUGAUAAUGAGUUGGCCAAAAAAACUUUGUCAGAGGUUGAAAGAGAUCUGAAAAAUUCUGAACCUGCAUCUAAGACUCAAACGAAAGGGAAAAGGAUGGUUAUUCAGGAAGUAGAAAACUCGGAAGAUGAAGAUGGAAAGGACAGUGGAAGAAAACAUGAAGAUAGAAGUGAGGAUACAAGUAAAACAUCUUUUCUCUUUUGGUUAUGCAAAGAACUGCCUUUUUAUGUGACAAGCUGUCUCAAAUUUUCUAUUUGUACAGAAAUUCUUAGUCUGUCAAACUUUUCCUACGCGCCGCCGCCCGGCCCCGCUGCCGGCCCCGCCGGCCUUAAGAACCAAGGCAACGAGCUGUUCAAAUGCGGGCAGUUCGCCGAGGCGGCGCUCAAGUACUCGGCCGCGGUAGCACAGCUGGAGCCAGCAGGAAGUGGAAGUGCGGAUGAUCUAAGUAUCUUAUAUUCAAAUAGAGCAGCAUGUUACCUAAAGGAAGGAAACUGCAGUGGCUGUAUUCAAGAUUGUAACAGGGCUUUGGAACUUCAUCCAUUCUCAAUCAAACCUCUUCUUCGACGAGCAAUGGCCUAUGAAACGUUAGAGCAGUAUCAGAAAGCUUAUGUGGAUUAUAAAACAGUGUUGCAAAUAGACUGCGGAAUCCAGAUAGCAAAUGACAGUAUUAACAGAAUAACAAAAAUUUUAAUGGAUCUGGAUGGUCCAAGCUGGCGGGAGAAGUUGUCACCCAUUCCUUCUGUGCCCACUUCGGUGCAAUUGCGAGCUUGGCGACCCACAGCAGAGAUGCCUCCAGACCAAGUGGGCGAUUCCAGCAGCCAUCACCAACCAGGCACCACAGAUGAAAAAAUGUUUAAAACCUUUAAAGAAGAAGGAAAUCAGUGUGUAAAGGACAAAAACUAUAAAGAUGCCCUUAGUAAAUACAGUGAAUGUUUAAAGAUUAACAAUAAGGAAUGUGCCAUUUAUACAAACAGAGCUCUCUGUUACUUGAAGCUGUGCCAGUUCGAAGAGGCAAAGCAGGACUGUGAUCAGGCACUGCAGAUAGACAACGGGAAUGUGAAAGCGUGCUAUAGACGAGCUCUUGCUCAUAAAGGACUCAAGAAUUAUCAGGAAAGUUUAAAUGAUCUCAAUAAAGUUCUCCUACUAGACUCAGGUAUUGUUGAGGCGAAGAUGGAGCUGGAGGAGGUAACCAGAUUCCUAAGUAUCAAGGAUAAUACAACAUCAUUCAGCAAGGAAAAGGAGAGAAGGAAAAUCGAGAUUCAAGAGGUGAAUGAAGGCUGUGAAGAGCCUGAAAGGGCCUCAGAGGAGGUCUCCACUGGCUGCCUUGCUUCUGAGAAGGGGGACACAAGCAAUGGGCCAGAAUACUCUGAAAAACUACCAAUCGCCAAGCCUAACAAUGCCUAUGAAUUUGGUCAGGUUAUAAAUGCUCUAAGUGCUAGGAAGGAUAAAAGAGCCUGUUCACACCUUUUGGCUAUCACUGAACCAAAAGAUUUGCCGAUGUUGUUGAGUAACAAACUUGAAGGAGAUGUAUUCCUCCUGCUCAUUCAGGCUCUGAAAAUUAAUCUUAUCGAUAAAGAUCCCUCACUGGUAUAUCAGCAUCUUUUAUAUCUGAGUAAAGCAGAAAGAUUUAAGACGAUGUUGACACUAAUUAGCAAGGACCAAAAGGAGCAAAUUGAACAACUUUUUGAUGACCUCUUGGACACACCAAACAAACAUUUUACUUUAGAAGAUGCACAGGCCUUGAAAAGGCAGUAUGAGCUCUAAAUCAAGAUGAUUGGUGGAUUUCCUUUAUGCAUGCAUGUGUUCCAGUAAUGCUAAUGAGAUGACAUUGUAAUGCAGUUGCAUGGAUAAAACCUGGCUUAGAAAAGAUCCCUUGGUCUGGGCUAUAAAAUAUUUUACUUAUUUUAUACAUAGAACAUGUAUAUUCUACAAUCUGCUUUUUAUUAGUUGUAAAUAUUUUCUUAUGUACCAGAGCUAACAUCUUUAUAUUUAAUAAGUAUAUUUGGAACUGGUUAAGUACAUUUUAAUUUAUAUCAUACAUUUUCUCUUAAUGACUUGUUAAAAAAUUGAGUUAAAUUACAUUUCUUUGGGCUAUGAAGGAGUCUGCUUAAGUUUGACAGAAUGUAUUUCUUUAAAAUUCAUUUUUAAAAGUGAAAAUCAUUACCAGUGAUUAUUACAUCACCUUUAUUUCCUGCUAAGAUAUAUAUAUAUAUCCCAUUUUAUACUACUUGCGUAUUAUAAUCUGCUAAGAUGAAUUGCAAUAUUAAGUCUAUAAUAUGAAAUGAUUAUUAAAUAAAUUGUGGUUAUUAGAAUUGUAAGAGGAACUUAUUUUCUAAUAUGUAAGCAUUCCCUCUUAAGAACAAAAAUUGGCAAAAAUUUCUACCACUUUUUACUAGAUUUUAAAAGCUAGUUACCCUUAUAAAUUACUUAUGUAAGCAAUAACAAAACAACCAAUAUAUAAAGGCAAAUUAAGCCUACUUUUCUAUUUGAAUUGUCGCCCCCAUAUUGUUCUCAACUAUUUAAAUAUCUUCUUUCCCCUCUUUUAACCAUGACCACAUUUAUUCCCCUAAUUUAAAGAGAUUAUGAAGAACUCAGCAUAUCGAAAGUUCCUUUGUUAACUGAGUCAAAGUAAAGGUCUCAGUGUACUGUCAAAUUUGUUCCUGUAGUCUGUAGUCAAGUCUUUUUCUGGAGCAUUUUCUUGCUCUUUAGAAGUGAAGAUGAAAGACGAAUAUCACUUUUAAUAUUUCUAUAUUUUUUAUUUAAUUUCAUAUAGUUAUAGAAUAUUAAAAAAUUGUGGGUAAGCGGUACAUUUUAAACUGCUAUUUUUCUUUCAGACUAUUCUUUGUUCAUAAAGGAAAAUCUACUGUAAUGGGUAUUUAAUUCUAAUCUUCAAGCAAACAAAAUAGUUUUCUCCUUUAAUGCUAUUAAAUCUUUGUAAAAGUA